AUGCCAGAAAAGGACCAAAUCCUAAAUGACUACGAGUCGCUUUUCGACAAACUAGACAUUGAACAUAAUGGAGAAAUCACUUUCCAGGACUUCAAGAAAGCUGUCAAGUCGUUCAAUCACCCAGUGGGAGACAAUCCAGACUUGCUAAAGAAGGUUUUUGACUCGUUUGACAGCAACCAGGACCAUGUCAUCGACUUUAACGACUUUAAACUCUACUUGACCACCACCGACGACCAGAUUCUUAGAGGAUUCGACAAAAUUGACCAGGACCACGACGGUAAACUCACUAAGGCCGACUUCAUCUUUUAUUUGAAGAAAACACUCAACUUGAGCCCCACAGACCAAAUGGUGGAUAGCAUAUUCAGCCGCAUAGAUCAUUAUGACCAUGGCUACAUCACUUACGAUGAAUUCCGAGAGUUCUUAUUGUUGAUGCCCCGUUUGCACGGCUCACGAAUCAAAACUGCAUUUACUUACAUUGCCGAGGAGUUGGACUUGUCUUCCGACGGAGAUGUCACCUUAAUCAAUCAGUUCUUGAGUGGCUUUGGCUUUUUCCUUGCUGGGGGUCUAUCAGGAGUGGUUUCUAGAACAUGUACCGCUCCCUUCGACAGAAUCAAGGUUUUUCUUAUUGCCCGUACAGAUUUGUCGCUGACGAUCAUGCAUUCCAAGAAGGAGAUUGCUGCUGCCGUCGCCUCGGGUGCUCCCAGACAAGUCAUUGAAGAGGCACGUAAGAAGUUGGCGAAAAUACAACUUGAGUCCAAACUGGCCCCCGAGCCUCCUCACGCAAGAACUAUCCGGUCACCUAUAAUUCAGGCAGCUCGUACUAUCUGGAAACAAGGAGGAUUUCGUGCGUUUUACGUGGGAAAUGGGUUGAACGUGCUUAAGGUGUUUCCCGAGUCAGCCAUGAAGUUUGGGUCUUUUGAGGCGGCAAAGAGGUUCUUUGCACGAAUAGAAGAUGUCGAUGACACAUCUAAAUUGUCCAAAGUGUCCACGUAUCUUGCGGGAGGAUUAGGUGGUGUGGUAGCACAAUUCACUGUAUACCCCAUUGAUACUUUAAAAUUCCGCUUGCAAUGCUCCAACCUUGAUUCUCUGUUAAGAGGUAACGAGCUUUUGAUUCAGACUGCCAAAAACAUGUACAAAGAAGGUGGACUUCGGAUGUUCUACCGAGGUAUAUUUGUGGGAACAAGCGGUAUUUUCCCCUACGCAGCCCUUGACUUGGGAACAUUCACUAGCAUUAAGAACUAUCUCAUCAGACGGGAGGCUAAAAGAAAUAAGGUGUCAGAGGAGUCGGUCAGAUUACCUAACUACAUGGUGCUCUCGCUCGGAGCACUCUCAGGCACAUUUGGAGCCACUGUCGUUUAUCCUAUUAAUCUCUUGAGAACAAGAUUGCAGGCCCAGGGAACCUACGCCCAUCCAUAUCGAUACGAUGGUUUCCGUGAUGUGUUACUCAAAACCAUCGAGCGGGAAGGUAUGCCAGGACUUUUUAAGGGAUUGGUUCCUAAUUUGGCCAAGGUGGCUCCUGCGGUGUCCAUCUCAUACUUCAUGUAUGAGAACCUCAAGAACAUCAUGGGUCUCAACAACAAACUAGACUAA